AUGACUGACGCUCUGUCCCCACCUGCCGACUCUGACCGUCGCUUCUCUAGUCGACGCGUGUCGCCGGAAGACUUGUCGUUGAACGAUUCUCUGCCUUUCUUCACUUUCUGCUCUGUCAGGGGCCACAACUCAUUCUCUGCCAGUGGUUGCGCCGUGUGUCCCUCCAAGUUUGAGCCUCACGAUCAGCUUCGACUGCUUUCGAUCUGCUACCACGCAUUCCAUGCUCGAUACAUCGACGCGUGGCUGACAUCCAAUAAGACGUGUCCUCUAUGUCGAUCUCCGAUAUUCGCGACCGAAGCAGAUUUUAUGAAGGCCAUACUCACGUCAAUGAACGCUGGCGAUAGCUUCCGAAUCGAGCUCGGUUCUGUUGUCUUCGACAGCGUUAAUCUCCUCACAUGCGCUAUCGUUCCGGAGCUCCGACAGGUUUUUCACUGGAAGCAUUCUCCGCAAUGGAGCUGCUAG